AUGGGAGAGGAACAGCCACUGCCACUGCCACUGCCCCCGCAGCCGGUGGAGGGUCACCUAACCCCAAAACCUCCUCCUGGAGCGGGGUCUCUGGAGAAAGUGAAAAGCAUGGAUGUCGAUCCAAUCCCAUCUCCAUUAUCAGCUCCCAAACCUUCUUGGUUCACUCCCGUGAGGUUGCUUGUUAUAUUUUGUGUAAUUAACUUAAUAAAUUACUUGGACCGCGGAGCAAUAGCUAGCAAUGGCGUUAAUGGAAGCCGCAAGACUUGCACAAAAAAUGGUAAAUGCUCACCAGGCACUGGAAUUCAGGGUGAUUUCGACCUAAAUAAUUUUAAGGAUGGAGUUGUGUCAUCUGCUUUCAUGGUUGGACUACUUGUGGCUUCCCCAAUCUUUGCGUCUCUAACUAAGAGAGUCAAUCCAUUUAGGCUUAUUGGAAUUGGUUUAUCAGUCUGGACCAUUGCUACUGCUGGUUGUGGUUUUUCAAAAAACUUUUGGUCCAUUGCAAUUUUUCGCAUGCUAGUGGGUGUUGGCGAGGCUUCUUUUAUAAGUCUUGCAGCUCCAUUCAUCGAUGAUAAUGCCCCACCUGCUAAGAGAACAUUUUGGCUUGGAGCAUUUUACAUGUGUAUACCGACUGGAAUUGCAGUUGGUUACGUUUAUGGUGGACUGUGUGGGGGUUACAACUGGCGUUUGGCAUUUUGGGUGGAGGCUGUUUUGAUGCUUCCUUUUGCUAUAUUAGGCUUUGCAAUGAAACCUUUGCAGCUGAAAGGUUUCUCUCCUGUUGGAUCUAAAACAGCAUUGACAUCUGCAGAAGAGGGGACAGAAAAGCAAGGUGAACUGUCCUCAAGAGAAGAGGUUGCUGAUCAAAUUUCGAAAAAUAUUGGUUCAACGGAUGAUGAAUGUAUUGUCAUAAGAUUCUUUAAGGAUAUGAAGAUUCUUUUGCUUGAUCAAGUUUAUGUUGUGAAUGUUUUAGGUUAUAUUGCCUAUAAUUUCGUCGUAGGUGCAUAUUCCUAUUGGGGACCCAAGGCUGGUUAUAAUAUAUAUCACAUGAAAAAUGCUGAUUAUACGUUUGGAGGGAUUACAGUGGUUUGUGGAAUAUUGGGAUCACUAGCAGGGGGUUUUGCUCUUGAUUAUAUGACAUCCACAAUUUCCAACGCUUUUAAGCUUCUACCGAUCACAACACUAUUUGGAGCAAUAUUUUGCCUUGCCGCAUUUUGCUCUAAGAGCUUAAUUGCUUACGUGAUCAUUUUUUCAAUAGGAGAACUGCUAAUAUUUGCCACCCAGGCCCCUGUAAAUUUUGUUUGUCUACAUUGUGUCACGCCUAGUUUGAGACCAUUAUCGAUGGCUAUGUCUACUGUUUGCAUUCACAUUUUCGGUGACGUGCCUUCCUCUCCUCUUGUCGGGCUUCUUCAGGAUCAUCUUAACAAUUGGAGGAAAACUGCUCUUAUUCUAACAUCCAUUCUGUUCGUGGCUGCUGCAAUAUGGUUUAUAGGAAUUUUUCUUCGGAGUGUAGAUAGGUUUGAUGAAGAGAGUGAGAAUCCAGUUACUACAAUCGACAAGUCAAACACGACUACCUCUCUGGAAGUGAAGAAGACUGAAACAGCAUAA